AUGUUCGGCAUGAAAAUCCAUCACAAACUUGAACAUGACACGAUGAUGGCUGGACAAGAUGGUUUUGGCGCCAGUGAAGGCUAUUUUAUCCAAAAGCUAGACCAUUUUGACAACACGUCUACGGCUACUUGGAGCCAGGUUUCAAAUGAAGCCUACCCAUUCGUUCAGUGGGCAAAAGAAAGAGGAGCUGUGUUAUUUGAUCUCGAACAUCGGUUUUACGGCCAAAGUCGUCCAACUGCCGAUCAGUCGGUGGACAAUCUGCGGUUUCUAAGCAGUCGUCAAGCAAUUGAAGACAUAGCCUAUUUUAUUCAAACAAUGAAUCAGAAGUACAACCUUGGCAACGCAUCUUGGAUAACAUUCGGAGGGUCAUAUUCAGGUGCUCUAUCCCUCUGGGCUCGCCAGCAACAUCCAGAACUGAUCGUCGGAGCCGUUGGUAGCUCAGCUCCAGUUGAAGCGGAAGUAGAUUUUUGGAGUGAGUAG